CGGGAGCCACCGAGCCCCGGCCAUCCUGGGCCCCAUCCCUGGGCACCCCCCUGCCUCCCACAGCUGGAAGACAUGAACCAGAAACUGUUUGACCUUCGUGGCAAGUUCAAGAGGCCUCCGCUGCGGAGGGUGCGCAUGUCCGCCGACGCCAUGCUCAAGGCGCUGCUGGGCUCCAAGCACAAGGUGUGCAUGGACCUGCGCGCCAACCUGAAGCAGGUGAAGAAGGAGGACACGGAGAAGGAAAGGGACCUUCGUGACGUGGGCGACUGGAGGAAGAACAUUGAGGAGAAGUCGGGCAUGGAGGGCAGAAAGAAGAUGUUUGAGACCGAGUCCUAGGCCCGCCGCCGGGCUUCCCUCCGCCCAGCCCCAGCUGCUCCAGGCCCAUUUCCCCGCUCCUGGGCCCGGGCUGGCCCCCAGAACCCCGGCUCCUCCCCCUCCACCCCAGGGCCUCCCGGACUCCCGGACAGGCCCAGCCAAAGGGCCCGAGCUGGGGAGAGUGUUUGGAGGGAGGAACGGCAAACCCCAUCCGUCCGCCCGUCGUGUCUAGAACCCAGGCCCCAGCAGCACCUGCCCGGCCCCCCCAGGGGUGCAGUGGUGGGGUGGGGGGGCUUCCUUCAGAGAAACUUUAGCCGUGUAAAUAAAGCUUUCAAAGUCCA